AUGCUCGAUGAGCUCAAUGCUGCCCUUACAAGGGCAGGUGCUGCAGGGGAGCCAGACGGGGAGGCAGCAGGUUGGGGACGGGAGGGAGUGGGAGACGAGGAGUCUGGCGUGGUGGGAAUCGAGCAGGACGCGGGCAGGGACGAGAGGGAGGAGGCAAGUGCAUCAGGGAGGGGAGGCGCGGUGGCAGGGUUUCCGGUGCUGCUGGGUGUGCCGGUGGCAGUGAAGGAUCUGAUCCACGUGGACGGCUUCUCCACCAGAGCAGGCGCGCUGCCAGGCUUCCCUGCUCUGGACUCCGUGUUGGGGAUGAGGGAGGGCGAGGUGCGUGCAGGAGGCAGCCCCACGCGUCCGGUGUGCCUACUCUUGUCCGCACUGUCUCCUGUCCGCUCUGCCUCAUCUUCUGCCGCUCUGCCUCACCUUCUCCCGCUCUCAUCACCUUCACCCGCGCAUCAUCUCCCCCAUCUGCUCCCGCGCAGUCCUUCACGCCUGGGGGCUCCAGCAGCGGGUCAGCAGCAGCUGUUGCAGCAGGCAUCUGUCCGCUGGCCCUCGGUUAGUCUCCCUCCUCCUGCUCCCUCCCCUUGCUCUCUCCUCCCUUCACCUCCUCUCUUCUGCUUCUCCUCUUCCACACCUACCUCUCAUCCCCAAUGCCACCUCUUGUCCCCGCUCUCUCUCCCCUCUGCUGCUGUCUCCCCUCCCUCGACACCCCCUUCUCCACUCUGCAGCAUCACAGACGUGUGCAUCCAUCUCCCGCCCAGCAGCCUUCACAGCCACGCCAUCCCCAUCCUUGGACCGGUUUGGAGUCAUCUCAGCCUCAGUGCGCUGGGCGGCACUCUGUCCAUCGCCCUCCCUGGACCAGUUUGGAGUCAUCGCAGCUUCAGUGCGCUGGGCUGCUCUCUGGGGUCGAGCCGUGCUGCCCCACUGGCGGCCCCCAACCCCCUCUGGGGCAGUGCACGAGGCACCUCUGGUGCAGUGGCUCCCGCAAUCACCAUCACCGCUGUUGACCGCACUCAACUCCUCGUCUCUGCCUCCCUCUUGCACAUCUCACCUGUACGCCCUAUCUGCCUGCAAACAACCCCUCCAGAGCCGCGCUGUGUGGGAGUCCCUGAGGGGCCGCUGCUGGAGCAGUGUGAAGGGGGGGCAGCGUGGGAGGCGUUUCAGCAGCUGCUGGCGCAGAUGAGGGCGAGCAGGUGGGCAGGCGGGGGUGUGAGGGAAAUAGGUGACCUGCACCAUACCAUUAUCCCUGUCACCUCCCUCCCUCGUCUCCUGUCGCUUAUCCAUCCAUCCAUGCUUCCACUCGUCCCAUCAUCUCCAACAUCUCCCUGCGACGUUUCCCCACUUGCGGCCCUGCCUGCCUGGCAGUGCAUGGAAGGUGGUGUCGCUGCCCUGCCUUGA